GAGAGAGAGUGAGCGGGUGAUAGGGAAGGAGGCGCCAUAUGAGACUGAGGGAGAGAGCAGUCAAACUUCACAGUGAAUGGGGUGGAAAGCGGUAGGGACAGACUCAAACGCAGGGAGGAUUAAAUGAGAGAGCGAGAGAUAGUGAAAGAGAGAGAGAGAGAGAGUGAAAGACGGCAAGAGAGACAGCGCAAGAGAGCUAGAGAGAGAGAGUCAGAUGCGUAGUGUAGCGGUGGGAUAGGACCAGAAGAAGCUCCACACACGACACAACGCAGAGCAGCCACACAGAGACGAAGUCACAACCCUCCAUCACACUCUUCUCACUGGCUACUACAGCAACCUGUCCUAUCAUAGAUGUUUCACUGGAUACUACAGCAUAUCAUCAUCCUAAACUGUAGCAUACUACAGACAACCUGAGCAGAGGAAAAUACUCAACUAGUUUUACAACUUUUCUUUUGGACACCGGUGUCUCAGAUGAAACCCUGACGAUGGACUCGAUUAUUAAUUAAGUUUAUUCCCACAGAGUGUGCGGCUUAUAUUUUCUAAAGACUCCUCCCUGUGUGAUCAGAGGAGAAGACGGGAGGACGGAAGAUUCUGGAGGUUUUGGUUGGAGGUUACCUGCCGGAUACUGGGCUCCCGAGGAGGAUGUUUCUAUAAAUAAUAUUGGGCUUCGUUUCGAUAAUUCAUCCGUCAGCUCAAGGAGAGAGAAGAUUGUUUUGUAUUGACCAAGAGAGAUGAGUGAAACCUGAACUGCCUGUCUGUGCAGCUGGCUAUAUGAAUGUGUUAAGUAGGCUGGACAGAAUGCUGACUUUUUUUUUUCCAAACCCAUCCCUCGUUCUCUCUGUGCCCGUACUAUCAGUCGCAGACAGCUGGGUUAGUGACUCGUCUGACUGGAUAAAAGGACAUUAGAUUAUAACGUAAAGAAAAAGGAGAGGAGACAGCAGUGGACUACGGCUUCCCCAGACAUGGUGGUGACAUCAAAACAGGUGUUACAUUUUUCAGAAAAGAAAAAAAAACUAAGAUGAACUGUAUCGGACAAUAAGUUGACUCUUUAAAGCUGAUUUCUUCAGCUCACAAGAGAACUACAACUGUCCAUUUCCGUGGUCCGUAAAGAUAAUAAAUGGACAAUAAAGUAGUCUUCUUCUAAACGGAGAAAUAACUACAACGGAAUUGCUUGUCUAUAAUUACCGAGGACCAUUAAGAGACUCCAGUAGGACUCUAGCAGACUUUCCACGUGUUUUUAUUAUAGCUCUGAAGAGAGAGGAAGUCGUCAGACCAGCGUACCGUUUAAACAGGGUGUCUGAUGAGUACUGCCACAGCAACAGUUCCAGGAGUGGAUUUAAUGAGACACUGACAUGAUAUUUAUGGACUUUGAGUAGGUGAGGAGUAUAAACUUAAUCCACUUUCAGCUAUCACUGAGCUGUGAUGCAGAAGUACAUGAACCCUAAUCCACUUUCAGCUAUCACUGACCUGUGAUGCAGAGGUACAUUAACCCUAAUCGACUUUCAGCUAUCACUGACCUGUGAUGCAGAGGUACAUUAACCCUAAUCGACUUUCAGCUAUCACUGAGCUGUGAUGCAGAAGUACAUUAACCCUAAUCCACUUUCAGCUAUCACUGAGCUGUGAUGCAGUGGUACAUUAACCCUAAUCCACUUUCAGCUAUCACUGAGCUGUGAUGCAGAUGUACAGUACAUCCCCAGAGCCAAAUAAUGAUCAUGGGCUUUUCGUCAGGGAUCAAACCCAACCAGGGCAGGGACUGAAUGACCUUUGGGGUUAUUGAACUAGUUGUUUUCUCCUCUCUGUUUUUCCGGCCAAGUGGAAAUGCAGGCCGUUCUGGCAGUUGUCAAUCUACGGCUGUAGCUGCUAUAUUCCCCAACCAAUCCAAGCUCCUGUUGAGACAGAAACAGUACAGCAACUCCCAACUCCACUCCAAUUUGGAAACAGAGAAGAAGACAGAGAGAGACAGAGAGAGAGAGAAAGCACUAACCAAACUCCUAUUGAGACAUAGAGAGACUUUACUCUCACCAAAACAGAGACCGUGCACUAAACCAAGCCCCACGGACGGACGUACAGAUUCCACGCCUGGUGACACUCUGGCCACUCUCCCGUCCCAUCGGCGCCAUGUUCUGGUCUCAGGGUGUAGCUGCCCCUCUGGUGCUGGUGUUGAACCCUCUCCUCCUAGUGUUGCUGCUGCAACAGCAGGUAACUGAGGCUGAGGUCUGGGCUGAGGAUGAGGUCUGGGCUGAGGCCGAGAUAGGGGCUGAUGCUGGGGUCGGAGCAGAGGCCGGGGUUGGGGUUGGGGUCUGGGUUGAUGCUGGAGUUGGGGCUGAGGCCAAGGUGGCUGUUACUGAGGCUGGGGUCAGGGCUAAGUCUAAGGUCAGGGCUGAGGCUGGGGUUGGGGCUGAGGCUGUGACUGAAGCUGGGGUCGGGACUGAGGUCGGGGCUGAUUCUGGGGUCGGUGCUUGGGUCAGGGCUAAGGCUGAGGUCAGGGCUGGGGUUGGGUCUGAGACUGUGACAGAGGUCGGGGUUGAGGCCGGACCUGGGGCUGAGGCCGGACCUGGGGCUGAGGCCAGUUUCGGAGCUUGUUUGGCUGGGGUCGGGACUAGUGAGGCCGAGGAUGGAGCUGAGGUCGGGGCUAGUGAGGCUGAGGUCAGCAGCUGUCCCAAGGGAUGCCUGUGUUGCUCCAACAUCCUCAGCUGCGCCGACCAGGGUCUGAAGGCGCUACCCUCUGAGCUGCAUGCGUACAUCACCACCCUAGACCUCAACCACAACCACCUGACUGAGUUGAAGGAGGGAAGCUUUGCCGCGCUGCCCCGUCUGGAGUCCCUCCGCCUGGCUCACAACCGGCUGAAAUGCCUCGAGGCCGGAACCUUCCGGAACAGCAGAUCGCUACGGCAACUGGACCUGUCGUCCAAUCAGCUAGACAAAGUGGAGGUGCACUACUUUCUGGAGCUGACAGGAUUGGAGGAGCUGCUGCUCUUCAACAACCGCAUCGUUCGGGUGGAGAGCAAGGCCCUUGCGGCGCUCGGCAACCUACGCAAGGCCUACGUCAGCCACAACCACCUCACGGACUUCCCAUUCUUCUCCAUCCAGGAGGACAGCCACCCCUUCCUGGCCACCAUGGACCUGUCCUCCAACAGCAUGUCCAAACUGCCCCUGGUGGACAUCGAGACCCUGCCGGCGGCCUUGCAGAGCGGACUCUUCCUCCACAACAACACCCUGAUCUGCGAGUGCGAAAUGUACAAUAUGUUCCGGCGCUGGGAACAGAAGGGAUUCACCUCCGUCAGGGAUUUUCGUGAGGAAUACACCUGCCUGGUGUACGGGGAACGCAAGGCCUCCGUUAAGUUUUUCCAGCACAGACGCUUCUUUGAACUGAACUUAAACUGCAGUUCGGCGGUGGCUGGAGCUGUCAAGGAGCCUGAGGGCAGCCUGCUGGUGUACGAAGGAGAUGGCGUGGUUCUGGACUGUCACACCACGCUCAGAGGACAGCACCUGACCUACCUGUGGGUGUCACCUCACCAUGGAGCCGGUGCUCCGCCGGAGAACAACGGCACUCUCCGCAUGCACGCCAACGGCAGCCUGGAGAUCGUAUCAGCGCAGGCUGAGGACUCCGGAGUGUACUGGUGCAAGGUCUUCGACGCAGUCAAGAAGAACGAGUCAUGGGAGGUCAACGUGACGGUGUUGAUGCGGCACGACGAGGCCGAGCCCUUCAACACGGGGUUUACGACCCUCAUAGGGUGCGUGACAACCCUCGUCCUGGUCCUCAUGUACCUCUACCUGACCCCCUGCCGCUGCUGGUGCUGCAAGCACCCCCUGCCGCCGGGUACCCCCAGCCCCGCCAACGACCAGUCCUCGAUCCUGACCUCCCCCCCACCCAGCACCACAGAGGGCCCAGGCCGCAAGAUGUGUGAAUCUACCUUUACUAUCACCGAUCAAACUCCUCGUCUGGGAGCAUGGAACAAUCUUCCAUCAGCACGGUAACAUCAGACGGCAGGGCAACCGACAGAGGCAGACUCCGGAUGAUGUCACAAAAACCACAACAACAACAACCAAUUUCCUGAAAAAAAGAGAGAAGACUAAAGUCUUUAGUCUAAAGUAGGACUGAAUAGUCUUCUAUAACCAGCUUCAACAAAGACCACUGUCUCCUGUAUAGGCACAGAGCGGUUUCUCCGUACACCACAAAUAAGAGCCAACUAACUACCUAUGCACAUCUCACUCAAUCACUGUGAAUUGUAAUGCUUUUAACGGAGCCACGAGGCCAAAUAUAUCAGUAUUGUUAGGCUAUAGCACGGUGAUGAAGAGGACAAUAUUAGCAAUCAUUUGAAACAUUAUUAUGUAGAUAGUGAAAGUAGUCUAGAGUAACACAAUAUAGAAUGACUGACCUAUAGUAGUGCAGAAUUAAUUGUAGAUUAUUUACUGAAAAUUAUUUGCAGAUAAUUUAGUGUAGAUUAUUUGCAGAUAAUUUAGUGCAGAUAAUUUAGUGUAGAUUAUUUGCAGAUAAUUUAGUGCAGAUAAUUUAGUGUAGAUUAUUUGCAGAUAAUUUAGUGCAGAUUAUUUGCAGAUAAUUUAGUGCAGAUAAUUUAGUGUAGAUUAUUUGCAGAUAAUUUAGUGCAGAUUAUUUAGUGUAGAUUAUUUGCAGAUAAUUUAGUGCAGAUAAUUUAGUGUAGAUUAUUUGCAGAUAAUUUAGUGCAGAUAAUUUAGUGUAGAUUAUUUGCAGAUUUUUUAGUGUAGAAUCUUUGUAGAUUCUGUAGAUAAUUGGGACAAGAUGGGGUUGGGUGAGCAGGGGAUGGGCAAUAAAUAAAUGGGAUGAAAUGGAGAAAUUGCUUGAAUAUAUAUCAGAUAAAUAAAAUAUAUUCAACAUCUA